AUGCCAGACAGCUGGAACACCUCUUCCGACAGCCUAGAAGCAAGAGCUGUAGGCAUUAUUGUGCCUGUGGUCUUUUCCCUCAUCUUCCUUGUGGGCACAGUUGGGAAUAGCCUGGUGUUGGCUGUGCUGCUACACAAUGGAGAGGUGAAAUAUAAUACUACAAACCUGUUCAUCCUCAACCUGGCAGUGGCAGAUCUCUUCUUUAUUGUUUUCUGUGUCCCAUUCCAGGCCACCAUCUAUACUCUGGAUGGAUGGCUUUUUGGUGCUGUUGCCUGCAAAGCUGUGCAUUUCUUCAUCUACCUUACCUUGUAUGCCAGCAGUUUUACCCUGGCAGCUGUUUCUGUGGACAGAUAUUUGGCUAUUUGCUACCCACUGAAAUCUCGGAAUCUCCGUACCACUUGCAAUGCAGUCCUUGCUAUUAUCAUGAUUUGGACCCUCUCCCUGCUUUUUGCAGGACCCUAUCUCAGCUAUUACCAAACCAUUAAUUACCAGGAGACGUUCAUCUGUGCUCCAGUUUGGGAGGAUCAACAUCGGAAGAUCUUAGACAUCUUCACUUUUGUGUUUAGUUACAUCCUCCCAAUCUCUGUUGUCAGCCUGGCUUAUGGCAGAACCAUCAAAUUCUUGUGGACUGCUGUAGACCCUCUGGAAAGAAUCUCAGAGUCCCGCAAAGCCAAACGGAGGGUCACCAAGAUGAUUAUUACAGUGACUGUCCUCUUCUGCUUGUGUUGGUUGCCCCACCAUUUAGUGAUCUUGUGUUUCUGGUUUGGCUAUUUCCCCUUUAACCAAGCUACCUAUGCCUUACGCCUAGCUUCUCAUUGCUGCUCGUAUGCCAAUUCCUGCCUCAACCCGAUUGUUUAUGCUCUCAUUUCCAAGCACUUCCGCAAGAAGUUCAAGCAAGUCUUUACUUGUGUUCUUGUCUAAGACAAGAACAAGAAGGAGUGAACUGACAAUAUCCAAGUGGCUAAUGGUUUCAUCAACCAGACUGUAGGUUUCUUUGGAGGAAACACAGAAGUAGCAUGGUUUAAUGAGGAAAAUAUGAGUUGUUGCAUGGAUCUGUUGGUAAGAACAUGGGAAGACAUUCUUCCUGAGAAAUGGCUCUAG